UUCGCCGGUCGGGUUGCAGCUUGGAAAAGGGGAAGCAACUGGCAGAGGCAGCAUCGGCGGUGCGGUGCUAUGGACCCCAGAGACAAUGUCGAGACAGGGGAGACAGAAAACCACCCGGAGCUGUUCUACAUGCCGAUCCCAGACGAAGCACCGUGCAAGAGGGAGCAGGAGAAGUUGUCAGGGGUCGUCAAAAACGUCCACAGAAAACUGCGCAGGAAAUACAGAGAGGUGGGCGACUUUGACAAGAUCUGGCGUGAGCACUGUGAGGAUGAGCAGACCCUGAGUGAAUACGCCCUCGCCAUGAAGAAUCUUGCAGACAACCACUGGACCAAAAACUGCGAAGGAGAGGGACGCAUCGAAUGGUGUCGCAGUGUCUGUCAGGAAUAUUUUUUGGAUGGCGGGAUGAAAAGAAUGUUAGAAAAGGAUGAGAAGAGUGCCAUGCUUGGCAUGGGUCUGACGGCAGCAUCUGUAAGUGCCCAACCGUACAGCACCAUCCCCAGUUCAAUCUCCCAGCUGGGGAAAAUGCGUCUCCUUGAUGUGGGAAGCUGCUUCAACCCUUUCUUGAAGUUUGAUGAAUUCCUCACAGUUGGUAUUGACAUAGUGCCUGCAGUUGAGAGUGUGUACAAGUGUGACUUCCUCAACCUUCAGCUCCAGCAACCCCUCCAGCUGGCAGGUGAUGCGGUCGAGGCCUUCCUCCGCCAGCUCCACAACCCCAUCGACGCUCUGCCCGCUCAGCUUUUCCACGUGGUGGUCUUCUCGCUGCUCCUCUCCUACUUCCCUUCACCAUACCAGCGCUGGAUCUGCUGCAAGAAGGCUCACGAGCUGCUGGAGUUGCACGGCCUGCUGCUCAUUAUAACGCCCGACUCGUCCCACCAGAACCGCCACGCCCUCAUGAUGCGCAGUUGGCGCGUUGCGGUGGAGUCGCUGGGCUUCAAGCGCUACAAAUACGUCAAGUACUCCCACAUGCAUCUCAUCGCCUUCCGUAAGGUGUCUCUAGCCACCACCAGCGACCUGGUGUCACGCAACUACCCCGAGAUGCUCUACAUCCCUCAGGACUUCCACUCCAACGAGGAGGAAGACUGUGCCGACGUGCCCGUGCAGGUGCGCUCCGACUUUGAGGAUGACCAGCUGGCUUGGGGCUUCACGGAGCUACCUGACACGCCCUACGAUUCAGAUUCUGGGGAGAGCCAGAGCAGCUCGGUGCCUGGCUUCCAUGAGCUAGAGGACCCCAUACUGCUUCAGAGCUAGGCUAAACCAGCUAUCCCCCUCCCACCCCCACUCCCACCGUAACUGUCACCUCCCCUUCAACUGCUGCGCUGCCAAAUCUAACCUGCUGCAUUCUUCUCCACCUUUUCCUCCCUCAACUCAAAACAAUGCAGUUUGCACAGUGUGAAAGAGAGAAGUUUACAGAUUAUUUUCUCAUAUCCACACUCCCUAUGAGAGUGCAUACACAUACACACACACACCUAUAAACAUACACACACACACUAAGAUGGAUAUAUUUUGAUAAAUAGCUAGGUUUUUUAAGAGUUGGAAAGUGAAUUCCCUUAAGAUCCCUUAACUCCCCGCUCCUUGAUUUCCAUCCCAUCUUCCAAUCAGCUCUCAAUAACAAAAGUCAGCUUGUCUACAUUCUGUACUCAGUCUCUGUUUGAAUAAGCUAGUGUGGCAGGCUGCUUAGUUUAAAAGCCAAAUACAGCAACCCGAGCAGUCUGAUAGGAGUUUGAUUGCACUGGAGAGACUGAGGUGGAAACGACUGGACUUGGUACGCUUGCUUCUGUCACAGUCAUGCAGCUAGACUUUCUGAAAAUUCUUGAUGUGCAUUUAGUUUUCCAAGACAAAAAAAAAAGAAGUUCAUUGUUUUGAAAUAUAUAUUCUCAACAGUCAAAACAUUGGUGUUGUCCAGUGUAAAGUGUGGCAAUGCCAUUUUAACUUGGCAUCCUCUGAAUGAUUUGUGUAUCUUUUACAAGAAAGUGGUAUUUGUAGCAUUUUAAACAUUUUCAGAACCAUACGGUAGGAGUAUUACUAGGUUUACUAAUGUGAAACUGUAACUGUGUUUACUCAUUGUGUAACAAGGUACGAGUGUUUCAAAGUAGGUAUUACACUUUUUUUUUCCUCCUCUCGUUGUCCUCACAAAUAUUAAUAACGAAUUAUCUCCUGUUAGAUUUCCAGUACAUUUUUUUAUUCUCAAGCAGAGGAAUAGUACAACACUGCAAGUCAGUGAUCCAUAUCAGAUGGACUAAACAGCACCAAUAUCCUUUGACACAAUUUUGUAACUUUGUGAGAAUACAGUUAGGUACUCUGCCUCCAAAAAAUAUCCAGAUCUGAGCUCCUCACAGUCAGAAAAUUCACCUCGACAGAAGAGAUUUGCACUAAUUUACCGUUUUGUCAUACAGGUGAGAUACUGUAGAUUUUAGCAAUAGCAAGCAAGACCAGAUCUGAGGAUACUAUAUCCUGCGGGGGGAGGUUUUAGCUAAAGACACUACCAGGUGAAAUGUCAGUGUGUGUUCCUGCCUGUCCCGGAGCAGGCCAAAUGUGUGUGGGUGUGGUUGGAUUUGUCAGUGUGAAUGAAGGACUGAAUCUACAUUGUUUUUUGUUUUUUUUGGUCUGUGGCACUUUAUCAUUGAUCUCAAAGGGUGUCACAAAAAGUAAUUAUUUUCCUAUGAUGACAAUUUUACAACCAAUAUGAUGGGCCCAUAACAUUAGUAAGUCUUAAGGUGCCUUCUUUGUUCAUAUUUAUGUUGCAAGCAGACUUUCAUGCCCUUGGAGGAAAUGAAAAUCAUAGCUUUUAACAAAAGAUAUCAAGCUUCUUAGGCCUGACAGUACAUACAAACUAUCCAGUUAACAAGAAACAUUUCCAGUGUUGAUGUAAUGCAGUGUGUUGUUGCCAUUCCCAUAUCAUUUUCCAGUAAUGCACAUCUCUCUGCUGAUAUCUCCUCUGUUUUAACAGAAAAAAUAACCAGUACCAUACAUAUUCAGACUCUGAAGAAGCGUGUUUUGUGACUGAUUGGUGCAUUUGUCUUCCAGUGUUUCUUUUGGCCCAUUUGCAUGAGAUGGUUCAUCUUCAUUAUCAACAUUUUCAACAAUGCAGAACAAUGUGUGCUUAUAGUAUGGUUGUAUUUCUCUUUUAUAAAUGAAUGUAAAUGUAAA